GUUUGUUGAUUUCGUUGCUACGAACUCUUAGGGUCUGCGAUGCUUGUGCUUUGCGAUAGCUCUCUAUAUCUCUUAGAUUCUUUUCAAGAAAGUUGAUAGCUUUAUAGACUAAGUAUUAGAUCUCCGAAAAUUUGCAACUCUGGAAUAGUAGUGUUCCGGCUUGAAUUGCUGCACAUAAGGUGUUCGACGAUAUUCCUCUGAGAAGUUAACUACUAGACAUGCUUUGUUUCCCAAGUUUCAGUUUGAUUUUACUGAACAGUUCACUGUUUCAGUAGCCAUGGCAAAGCAUCACCCUGAUCUGAUCAUGUGCCGGAAACAACCCGGCAUUGCCAUCGGACGACUGUGUGAGAAAUGCGACGGGAAAUGCGUGGUGUGUGAUUCUUACGUGCGUCCCUGCACUCUGGUGCGUAUUUGCGACGAAUGCAACUACGGGUCGUUCCAAGGACGGUGUACUAUUUGCGGAGGGGUUGGGAUCUCGGAUGCUUACUACUGCAAAGAGUGUACGCAGCAGGAGAAAGACAGAGAUGGUUGUCCCAAGAUUGUCAACCUUGGGAGUGCCAAGACGGAUCUCUUCUAUGAACGUAAGAAGUAUGGAUUCAAGAAACGAUGAAGAUGUAUUGGUUUGCCCGAUUGCUGGAUCUCUUAUGCUAUGUCUGUUGCAUGAUAAAACUAAUAUGUAUUGGGUAUAAAAAACCCAUACAUUAUGCUUUCUUUUUCUUGAUAAUCUAGACUUGAGUUGUCUUUAUUGGACUUAUCUUAGUGUCAAAAUAAUCUCUUGCAGUGUGUAUCGUGUUUGAUUUCAUCACACCACAAUAGAAGUAGGCAUGUUCUUGGACU